UGGACUAUGUCGGGAUGGAGCCAGCAGCUGCGGGACAUUCUGAGAAAACUUUCAGCUACAUCAUCAGAGCCCCCAGCAGCGACGGGUUUGAUGUCAUGAAUGUGGAUGUGAAGAUCGAUACGUCCUGGAUCUUCCAGGACGCAGAAGACAGUGAUGAGGAGCAGGGCCAUCUUCCGGAAGCAGCUGCUGGGAGAAGCGUGGACGUGGAUACAGGGGUGCUCAGGAAACAGCUGGAGUCCUCCGAGCAGAAGCUGUUGGCAGCUGUGGACAAAUACGUGAGCUCGGAGUCUGGGCUCAGGAGCAGAAUCCAGGAGCUGGAGCUGUCGGAGCGGAGGCUGCUGCGGAAGGUGGACCAGCUGCGCGCCCGCGUGUGCCGGGAGAGGAGCGCCUGCCUUCGGGCCCAGGAGCAGCUGGAGGUGCUGCAGGGGGAGCUCGCCAGCCAGGUGCGGGAGGAGCGUGCGGCCCGGCGGCAGCGGUGGCGCCUGCGGCGGCUGCGGGAGCAGCUGCGGUACAAGGACGAGGCGCUGGGGCAGCAGACGGCGGCCCUGGAGCGCUGCCGGCGGACCCAGCGGCGCCAGUUGGGCCUCGCGCGCGAGCAGGAGCGCGUCCUGCGCGAGCAGGUGCGGCGGCUGGAGCGGGACGUGCGCCGCCUCUGCCGCGCCGCGGGUCUCCUGCUGGCGGAGCUGGACGCUUCCGCCCCGGGAAGCCCCCGGCCCACGGGCCCCCAAGGCGACCCCGAGGAGGCGGCGGAGAGGUGCGCCCGGCAGGCGAGGGCCGAAUGCAGCGAGCGCGAGACGGACGAGGCCGCGCGCCGGCAGCGGGAGCAGCGCGCCACGGAGCGCAGCCUCCGCUGGCAGCUGGAGGAGCUUCGUUGCUGCAUCUUUGAACUGAAGCUGUCGGAGAUCGGCCUGCAGGGCCAGGUGGAAGACCUCACCGAGCAAAACAGGUGCCUGCGAGAGGAGCUGGGAGCGCAGGCCCCAGGGGAGACGGUGCGCAGCGCGCCCUCUGCUGGUCACUGCAGCCUGGAUGCCCCGGGCCAUGUUCAGGACGAAUGGCUGUCCCUGCCCUGGGAGGCGGCGCUGGAGGCCUGCAGGAGCCCAGACCGGCAGGCCUCUCCCCAGCGUGGCGGGGCCCCGGAGCCAGGGGCCUCCGCAGACCAGCCCGCCAAGGGGCCUCGCACCUGGGGCAGCGCUGGGGCCGGGUGUGGCCCCUCUGUGUCGGUACCUGGCCUGGAGACCCCGGCGGGACUCCUGGGAGACCCGGCGGGACCUGGGUGCGGACAGGCUGCUCCGGCCGCGGCCAGCUUGCACGAACAGGCUCUUCUGCUCAUCGGUGGCUGCUUCCCUGCGGGGCCGUGCGCAGCCGGCCCACUGCUGCCGGCGGAGCUGGCCUGGACCCCGGAGCCCUUCCUCCUGCUUCAGGCACCCACGCUCCCUCCCGGGGGGCCCGCUGGGGACGCAGCAGCCCUGUUGCCCCAAGGGGCGGCUCCGGGACAACUCCAAAUCCAGCAGGUGCCAGACGCCAGGCUGUCGCUGCCGGCUCCCAGAGCCGUAGGACACCCCUGCCGGCAGCACCACGAGGCGAGGAGCUGCGGUGCCCCCCUCUGCGAGGAGUCCUCACCGAUUUCACAUCACCGGUGUCCCGGGACAGGGCGCAGGGAUCUCAAAGACCUGUGGCAGGAGGGAGGAGCAGCCCCAGAGUGGGGGACUGAGGAGUGGGCGGCCCAGAGGACUUGGGGCAGGACGGAGGAAGACCUUGGGGCCAGGUGCCAGCGACGUCAGGAAAGCCACGGGAAGCUGAGCGUGGAAGGUGGCGCUGGGGGCCUGGGAAACCCACGGAGCCCUCCCAGGGCGGCAGCCCCCUGCCUGUGGCCUGGCUGGGAGCCUCCACCACAGCUUCUGCAGGGGGUGGUCCCCAUGUUUACGGAGGGUCCCAAAUCCCCAAGCGGGGGGAGGGAGGUGGAAGAGCAAGUCUGGGGCCUCCUGGGAGGGCUUUCCUCAGAGGAGGAGGACGGGGCUCCCCCAGCCGCAUCGUUCAGAGUUCCUGGUGCCAAAGGACCAUCACCGACAGGCCCUUGGCUGCUGACAGAGGAGGACAGAGGCAUCUGGAGCUGUAGGGAAAGCCACCUGUGGCCGGGAGACGCCCUGCUUCUGCUCGGGGAGGGCCCUGCGGAAGGAGGGCGAGGGGAGGAGGCGGCGUCGGAUCUGGCAGGGCCCCGCCUGGGCUGCGCGCAGGUUCCCGGGCAGCCUGGCUCCGAGGAAUGGGAAGCCAAGGAAGUGCUCUUCUUCGUGGAGGAGGGAGGUUUGCCACUGUUUCCCAGAUGGGCCCUGUCACCUGAGGGAGUCGAACCCACGGGUCCCCCAAGGGCCCCAUGCAAAGAACACGGCAGGUCUGUGCUCACAAUAGAUGCGUUUGCAGAAGAGAUGGAGGUUUGCUUCCAGCAACUGCCUGUCCUGAAACUUGGGACUGGGGGUCGUGGGUGGGAAGCUUCCAUGUUAGAGGGAGAGGAUAGGGGCUUUGCGGGGAGGUGGCAUAGUGGCCAGGAGCACGCGGACCCUCGGCAGGCGCCAACCAGCCAGGGUUUGGAUACUUGUCCUGCAAAGGAAGCAGACAGCAAAGAGAGUCACGGAGUCGUAAAGUCAGGAGGGACCGAGGCCCUGGGGACUGGCCAAGUUCUUCCAGGGAGGGGACCUGAUUUGGAGGACCUGUGUCUGGGGCUGGAGGGUUCCCCCGAGCCGGGCCAGGGGCCGUCCCCGGGCUGUGAGCCGUCGGGAGCCCAGGAGAGGGCCUGGACAAGCCUCUGUCAGCUCAUUUCUGGGCUGAGGAAGGAGAGAAGCCACAUUCUACAUGACAACGUCAAACUGCAGAGAGACCAAGAGAGGUGCUACCAAAAAAUACGGGCCCUCCAGACAGAGAGGGAGAGGAAUGUGAGCAAGAUAUCCAAGCUCGAGCAGGAAAACGGUGUGCUGCUCGGGGACAUCCGUCACUUAAGGAGGGAGCUGGACCAGUAUUUGCAGGUCAUCUCCGACCUCGAAGACUGCAACAUGAAGAGUUACAGCAAAAUUUCUGAGCUCGAAGAGGAGAAUGAAAAGCUGAGGGGGUGGUUGGGCCGGCUCCGGAGAGCCACGUCCGAGCGCGCCAGGAGGUGCGAAGGCGUCGUGCGGGACGUCACGCAGGAGAACCGGGAGCUCAAGGCGCUGAUUUCGGAGCUCGGCGUCGGCUACAAAGAGCUGAUUGAGGAUGUGGUGGUGGGCGUGGAAGACACGAUCCGGGCCCUGAGGGGGGAGAACGUGCACCUGCUGCGCAGGAUCCGUGUCCUGGAGCGGGAGGUCGCUGCGGGGUUGAGCACAGACGUGGGGCGUUUUGGGGGCGCACAGGGAAAACGCAAGGCGGCGGUGGACAAGGCGGAUGCUGUGGAAAGGGCGGUGCAGGCGACUCAGCUCUCCGAGCAACUGGCUCCCGGAGCCCAGGGACCGCCCCUGGGAGGGGGACAGGGAAACGGCGGUGGAGCGGGAGUAAGCGAGGCGCACUCGGAAGAGGAGGAGGAGAGACCGCGGCGGCCGGAGGACCAAGGGCCGGCUCUGAGGUCCCCGUGCAGCGGCCCCCAGCUCCAGGAGCCGGAGGCCGCGGCUGCGGAGGAGGACCUCGGGCUGCGCGUCCGGCAGCUGCGCCACCAGGUGCGGACCCUGCAGUGCCAGCUCCGGGACCAGGGGUCCGCCGGCCGGGAGCUGCAGGCGGCUCGCGACGAGGCGCUCCGCCUGCGGGACCAGCUCCAGGCCGAGGUGGAAGAGCUUCAGAAAAAGCAACACGAAGCAAAUUUGGCUGUGACUCCUCUGAAGGCCAAGCUGGCCUCCCUGGUCCAGAAGUGCCGGGACAGGAACCACCUGCUCGUGCGCCUGCUGCAGGAGCUGCGCCAACUCGGGGCGGCCGACCCCCUGCUGUCGGAGACGGUGCGCAGCGCGGUGAACGACGUGGCGCUGGCCGAGUAUGCGGCCGCCUUCCUGGCUCCGGGGCUCCUGGAGACGGGUUACCACCUGGACGUCCAGCCUGAGAAGACAGCGGCUGCAAGAGCUCAGAAAUAUCUCCUCAAUCCUGAAAUGGACAGCGCCCUCCUAAGACCUUUGCACCCCGAGUCCUGGCGUCUCACUGAGGCUGAGUGGCCGGCACAGACAGCUCGACCAGAUUCUCUGGAGCUUCCCCCGCUUUCGGGGCCCACGCCUGAUGGAGGACCGCGCCCAGCCGCGGCCACUGUGGCGGCAGGACUCCCUGCACAGUGUCUGCAAGAAGAAGGCGGAGUGUCCUGCUCAGCCGUCCCUGCCGACACCCUGUCGCCGCCGCCCGAGCUCCGGAGCCCCGCACGGAUCCUGGCGUUCCACAGAGAGCUUCGACAAAGCAUCCUCAGCAGUUCCCGGGCCCAUAAAUCACCGCUGGAGUUAUAA